GGCAUGCUGCCCAUCAUUUUUUGUACCACUUCCCUUCCUAGGCUCCUAUGAGUGCCGAGUCGACUAAGUCAGGCCCUCCACUACAGACCAGUCAUGCUCUCGAUUUUCUUAUCAUAGGUGGAGGUAUCGCGGGGUUGGCAGCUGCAACAGCCUUGCGACGGGUGGGACACAAUGCGUUGGUAUUGGAGAAGGGAGAGAGGGGAUCCGUGCGCGGCUCUGGUGGCGUGCGACUGCCGCCAAACCUCACCAAAAUCCUCUUUCAUUGGGGCUUGAAACCCGCCCUAAUGCAGAAAGCACUCGUCUCCCAUACGAUGACGUUUAUGAGAUACGAAUCGGGCGACUAUCUCGGGGAACACGUUUGGGAUACAGGCAUACUGAAAGAGACGCGAGGCGAUUACAUGCUGUGCACACAUGACGAUCUCCACGACAUUUUAUACGACAGAGCAACCGAACUUGGGGCACAAGUGCGGUACGGCGCCAACGUCGUUGACAUCGAUGUCGAGAAUCGAGAGGUUACCCUCGAAAAUGGAGAGAAGCUGGUCGGAGACGUACUCGUCGGCGCCGAUGGCGAAUACGGAGUGUCCAGAGCAACCGUAGUGGGCCAGUCCGUCAAUGGCCAUCCGACGGGAGUCGUAAUGUACGAUACAGUCAUUUCAAGCGACGAUCUCAAAGAACACGUCCAGUCGCUCUGGAAAGAUAAUGCCAUCUUCACCGCCUUUGGCCACAGACAUGCCCUGCUUGCAUAUCCGAUCCAUGACACAGAUGAAAUCGCUCUGCAAUUCUAUGGUCCCGACAAUGCAACGGGAAAUUAUGGAGACGAGCCUUCAGUAGACGUCCCGGAGAUUGCGGAAGAAUUGGACGUAAGGCUCCGGUUACACAUGAAGAAGGCUCGCAAAGCCAUUCGCGUCUCCGUCCGGGCACAUGACGACAUCGAAGACUGGGUAUCAGACGAUGGGCCACUCGUCGUCAUCGGUGAAGCAGCCCAUCCCUUCCCCCCUGGGACGAUCCAGGCGACUGCUAUGGCCGUCGAGGAUGGAGCCGUCCUCGCAAAACUUUUCUCCCAUCUGUCAGAGAAUAGACAGAUCCAAGACUUCCUCUAUGCCUUCCAAGAGCUGCGGCAGGCCCGCACACGAGCCGCCCGGGCGGGCGAGUUCGGGAACGUGUUCUACAUGACACUCGAAGACGGCGAGGAGUCGCGGACGCGCGAUAGCGGCAUGCGCGCCAAGGCCGCCGAAGGGGCUCACAACGUGCUGGAGGGCCUGGCCGGGGACGUUAGCCGUCUUUGGGACCAAAUCCGCACGACCUUUGGAUACGAUUGCGAAGACGAGGCUGACGACUGGUGGGUCCAGUGGGGCGUACUUCGGGAACGGGCAAUCGAGCGAGAUACUGAGGAUCAGGCCGCGUCUGCGCUUCUUGACUUCUCUGGACUGACUAUGCAGGUCACUGAGACCGCUACCGACGAAUCGGAGUAAAUGUAUAGCGACCUCUCCCUUACGAGCUGGAGAUAUCCUUCCUAUUGAAGAGUACUUGAAUCUUCUCGGCUGAGACGUCUUUUUAGUUCGAUGUGUUCUGCUCGACCCUCUGAUGUUGUCGUAUAGGAAGACACACUGUCAGGCACCC